AAGCCCAGGAGGAGGAAGAGGAGGCUGGUUGGUACCAUGGGCAUAAUGCUCUGAAUCCUAGUCUCUCACCUAGUAUGUGAGCAGUCCCUGCAGAUGGCCCAUUUGGAGAUCUUGACAAAGCCUCUUCUGUUUCCAAUGGGGUUUUUGGCGCAUUCUCACAGACUUAGAUGAAACUGUGAUGGCCACCGCAGGGGGCAGGUGCUGACAUCGUCCCCAGCCCUGUGGCUGUUCAUCCGGACAUCAUUUCCAACCUCAAUAUCUAAAUGCCACAGUGCUCUUGGAGCAAGUUGGGCUGGGGACCACUGUUGCCUUUUAAGACCAUAAAACCAUGGGAAACGCAGAAAGUCAACAUGUAGAGCACGAGUUUUAUGGAGAAAAGCAUGCCAGCCUGGGGCGCAAGCACACUUCCCGCUCCCUGCGCCUCUCGCACAAGACGCGGAGGACCAGGCACGCUUCCUCGGGGAAGGUGAUCCACAGGAACUCCGAAGUGAGCACCCGAUCCAGCAGCACCCCCAGCAUCCCCCAGUCCCUGGCUGAAAAUGGCCUGGAGCCCUUCUCCCAAGAUGGUACCCUAGAAGACUUCGGGAGCCCCAUCUGGGUGGACCGAGUGGACAUGGGCUUGAGACCUGUGUCUUACACUGACUCUUCUGUCACUCCCAGCGUAGACAGCAGCAUCGUCCUCACAGCAGCCUCUGUGCAGAGCAUGCCAGACACUGAGGAGAGCAGGCUUUACGGGGAUGACGCUACAUAUUUGGCUGAGGGAGGCAGGAGGCAGCAUUCCUAUACAUCCAAUGGGCCCACUUUCAUGGAGACGGCGAGCUUUAAGAAGAAACGCUCCAAAUCUGCAGACAUCUGGCGGGAGGACAGCCUGGAAUUCUCACUCUCUGAUCUGAGCCAAGAACAUUUAACAAGCAACGAAGAAAUCUUGGGUUCCGCCGAAGAGAAGGACUGCGAGGAGGCUCGGGGGAUGGAAACGCGGGCGAGUCCGCGGCAGCUCAGCACCUGUCAGAGAGCCAAUUCCUUGGGUGACUUGUAUGCUCAGAAAAACUCUGGAGUGACAGCAAACGGGGGGCCGGGGAGCAAAUUUGCAGGCUACUGUCGGAAUUUGGUGUCUGAUAUUCCCAAUCUUGCAAACCAUAAGAUGCCACCAGCUGCUGCUGAAGAGACUCCUCCGUACAGUAAUUAUAACACACUUCCCUGUAGGAAAUCUCACUGUCUCUCUGAAGGUGCCACCAACCCACAAAUUAGCCAUAGCAACAGCAUGCAAGGCAGAAGAGCUAAAACAACUCAGGAUGUUAAUGCAGGCGAGGGCAGUGAGUUUGCAGACAGUGGGAUUGAAGGGGCCACUACCGACACGGACCUCCUGUCCAGGCGAUCUAAUGCCACCAACUCCAGCUACUCACCCACCACAGGCCGGGCCUUUGUGGGCAGCGACAGCGGCAGCAGCUCCACCGGGGAUGCGGCUCGUCAGGGGGUGUACGAGAACUUCCGGCGGGAGCUGGAGAUGAGCACCACCAACAGCGAGAGCCUGGAGGAGGCCGGCUCGGCGCACAGCGAUGAGCAGAGCAGCGGCACCCUGAGCUCUCCGGGCCAGUCGGACAUCCUGCUGACCGCCGCACAGGGCACGGUGCGCAAGGCCGGCGCCCUGGCCGUCAAGAACUUCCUGGUGCACAAGAAGAACAAGAAGGUGGAGUCAGCCACCCGGAGGAAGUGGAAGCACUACUGGGUGUCCCUGAAAGGAUGCACGCUAUUUUUCUACGAGAGCGACGGCAGGUCUGGGAUAGACCACAACAGCAUCCCCAAACACGCCGUCUGGGUGGAGAACAGCAUUGUGCAGGCGGUGCCUGAGCACCCCAAGAAGGACUUUGUCUUCUGCCUCAGCAAUUCCCUGGGUGAUGCCUUCCUUUUUCAGACCACUAGCCAGACGGAGCUUGAAAACUGGAUCACCGCCAUCCACUCUGCCUGCGCCACUGCGGUCGCGAGGCACCACCACAAGGAAGACACGCUCCGACUCCUGAAAUCAGAGAUCAAAAAACUGGAACAGAAGAUUGACAUGGAUGAAAAGAUGAAGAAAAUGGGUGAAAUGCAGCUGUCUUCAGUCACUGACUCAAAGAAAAAGAAAACAAUAUUAGAUCAGAUCUUUGUCUGGGAGCAAAAUCUCGAGCAGUUCCAAAUGGACCUGUUUCGUUUCCGCUGUUAUUUAGCCAGCCUUCAGGGUGGGGAGCUGCCAAACCCCAAAAGGCUUCUCGCUUUUGCAAGUCGACCAACGAAAGUGGCCAUGGGCCGCCUUGGAAUCUUUUCGGUAUCAUCGUUUCAUGCCCUGGUGGCAGCACGCACUGGUGAAACUGGAGUGAGAAGACGUACUCAGGCCAUGUCCAGAUCCGCGAGCAAGCGAAGGAGCAGGUUUUCUUCUCUGUGGGGUCUGGAUACUACCUCCAAAAAGAAGCAGGGACGGCCAAGCAUCAAUCAGGUGUUUGGAGAGGGAACCGAAGCUGUAAAGAAAUCUUUAGAGGGAAUAUUUGAUGACAUUGUUCCAGAUGGCAAGAGGGAGAAAGAAGUGGUCUUACCUAACGUUCACCAGCACAACCCUGACUGCGACAUUUGGGUCCACGAGUAUUUCACUCCAUCCUGGUUCUGUCUGCCCAAUAAUCAGCCUGCCCUGACGGUCGUCCGGCCAGGCGACACUGCACGGGACACCCUGGAGCUGAUUUGCAAGACACAUCAACUGGAUCAUUCUGCUCAUUACCUGCGCCUGAAAUUUCUAAUAGAAAACAAAAUGCAGCACUAUGUUCCACAGCCCGAGGAAGACAUCUAUGAGCUGCUGUACAAAGAAAUUGAAAUCUGUCCAAAAGUCACUCAGAGCAUCCACAUUGAGAAGUCAGAUACAGCUGCUGAUACUUACGGGUUUUCACUUUCUUCUGUGGAAGAAGAUGGUAUUCGAAGGCUGUACGUGAAUAGUGUGAAGGAAACCGGUUUAGCUUCCAAGAAAGGCCUGAAAGCGGGAGAUGAGAUUCUUGAGAUCAAUAAUCGUGCUGCUGACGCCCUGAACUCUUCUAUGCUCAAAGAUUUCCUCUCACAGCCCUCGCUGGGCCUCCUGGUGAGGACCUACCCCGAGCUGGAGGAAGGAGUGGAGCUGCUGGAAAGCCCGCCCCACCGAGUGGACGGCCCUGCCGACGUUGGCGAGAGCCCCCUCGCCUUUCUCACCAGCAACCCAGGGCACAGCCUCUGCAGCGAGCAGGGCAGCAGUGCUGAGACCGCUCCAGAGGAGACCGAGGGGCCAGACUUGGAAUCCUCAGAUGAGACUGAUCACAGCAGCAAGAGUACAGAACAGGUGGCCGCAUUUUGCCGCAGUUUGCAUGAGAUGAACCCCUCUGACCAGAGCCCAUCUCCUCAGGACUCCACGGGGCCUCAGCUGGCGACCAUGAGACAACUCUCGGAUGCAGAUAAGCUGCGCAAGGUGAUCUGCGAGCUCCUGGAGACGGAGCGCACCUACGUGAAGGAUUUAAACUGUCUUAUGGAGAGAUACCUAAAGCCUCUUCAAAAAGAAACUUUUCUCACCCAGGAUGAGCUUGACGUGCUUUUUGGAAAUUUAACGGAAAUGGUAGAGUUUCAAGUAGAAUUCCUUAAAACUCUAGAAGAUGGAGUGAGACUGGUACCUGAUUUGGAAAAGCUUGAGAAGGUUGAUCAAUUUAAGAAAGUGCUGUUCUCUCUGGGGGGAUCAUUCCUGUAUUACGCUGACCGCUUCAAGCUCUACAGUGCCUUCUGCGCCAGCCACACAAAAGUUCCCAAGGUCCUGGUGAAAGCCAAGACAGACACGGCUUUCAAGGCGUUCUUGGAUGCCCAGAACCCGAAGCAGCAGCACUCAUCCACGCUGGAGUCGUACCUCAUCAAGCCCAUCCAGAGGAUCCUCAAGUACCCACUUCUGCUCAGGGAGCUGUUCGCCCUGACCGAUGUGGAGAGCGAGGAGCACUACCACCUGGACGUGGCCAUCAAGACCAUGAACAAGGUUGCCAGUCACAUCAAUGAGAUGCAGAAAAUCCAUGAAGAGUUUGGGGCUGUGUUUGACCAGCUGAUUGCUGAACAGACUGGUGAGAAAAAAGAGGUUGCAGAUCUGAGCAUGGGAGACCUGCUUUUGCACACCACCGUGAUCUGGCUGAACCCGCCGGCCUCGCUAGGCAAGUGGAAAAAGGAACCAGAGUUGGCAGCAUUCGUCUUCAAAACUGCUGUGGUCCUUGUGUAUAAAGAUGGUUCCAAACAGAAGAAGAAACUUGUAGGAUCGCACAGGCUUUCCAUUUAUGAGGACUGGGACCCCUUCAGAUUUCGACACAUGAUCCCCACGGAAGCGCUGCAGGUUCGAGCUUUGGCGAGUGCAGAUGCAGAGGCAAAUGCCGUGUGUGAAAUUGUCCAUGUAAAAUCCGAGUCUGAAGGGAGGCCGGAGAGGGUCUUCCACUUGUGCUGCAGCUCCCCAGAGAGCCGAAAGGAUUUCCUAAAGGCUGUGCAUUCAAUCCUGCGCGAUAAGCACAGAAGACAGCUCCUCAAAACCGAGAGCCUUCCCUCAUCCCAGCAAUAUGUCCCUUUUGGAGGCAAAAGAUUGUGUGCACUGAAGGGGGCCAGGCCGGCCAUGAGCAGGGCAGGUACUGUGGGGAUUCGGACGUUCAAGAUUCCCGUCACUCCCACUCCGCAGUAGAACUCCAUGUCUGCCCCAAGCAAGUCUCUUGGGAGGAGGAGGCGGCGGCUGGCUCGAAACAGGUUUACCAUUGAUUCUGAUGCCGUCUCCGCAAGCAGCCUGGAGAAAGAGUCCCAGCAGCCCCCCGGUGGUGGGGACACUGACCGAUGGGUAGAGGAGCAGUUUGAUCUUGCUCAGUAUGAGGAGCAAGAUGACAUCAAGGAGACAGACAUCCUCAGUGACGAUGAUGAGUUCUGUGAGUCCGUGAAGGGCGCCUCAGUGGACAGAGACCUGCAGGAGCGGCUUCAGGCCACCUCCAUCAGUCAGCGGGAAAGAGGCCGGAAAACCCUGGAUAGUCACGCGUCCCGCAUGGCACAGCUCAAGAAGCAAGCUGCCCUGUCGGGGAUCAAUGGAGGCCUGGAGAGCGCAAGCGAGGAAGUCAUUUGGGUUAGGCGCGAAGACUUUGCCCCCUCCAGGAAACUGAACACUGAGAUCUGACUGCGUCACCUGCCCCGUAGAGAAUGUGUGUAGAUACUUCCUGCCCUAACUCUGCCCACCCUCCUGUACCGUCGACAAGAAUGUCCCCUUAGGUCGCGCUCUUGCACACACGGUUUUGGCAGCUGACUUGGUUCUGAAGCCAUGUAGCCACCCAACUUUGUCAUUUUCAACAACAUCAGAAAGAAUUCCUCAGAAUCCCAAAUAAGCUUGAGUCCUAUCUUCUGUAUAUUACUAAGGGCUUUUAUUUAUUCUCAAUAAAUCAGGGCCUGAACAAUUAAAAGAAAAAAGAUUCUAUAGCACUGGAAAGCAAAUCACCCCCAGGAGUUAACGGAUGUACAACAGAUUAAUUUAAGGGAUAGUAGCACACACACGAUCCUUCUAUCUGAAAUCAGUCUCCUAGUUGGGGAAACCUCUUUCACACACAAAAUGAAAUGUGUACAGCUUGCAGUGUUCUGACUGUACCCUUCCCUCUUCCAUGUCUGAGAAUCUCUGUGUAUUUUAAGAAUGUGUGAGGAGAGGGUGGCGAUUCAUGUUUCAAUGAGCCUCUUUUUUUUUCCUUCCUGUUUUGGUCUAUGGCUGGUCUUACUCUGUGUCCAUGUUCGGAAGCUCUAGUUUUGCAUAGAAUUAUAGAGAUGCCAAACUCUUUGAAAAGAGAUCCAAAUUUAUCGCUUGAGAGAAAGAAAAGAAACACUAUUUUUUGUAUUUUACCUGAGAUACAGGGGCACAAAUAGAUGAGAAUUUUACAGUGUUAGUGUAUCCCUGAGCCUAAAAAAUGAGGAUAUAACCUUUUACAGAGAGAGUGAGGCGUGGUGGUUUUAUAUUUAUAUAUGAAAGGCCAACAAGCUCAUGCUAAGGAUAUACUUUUCUUCCAAAAAGCGGAUUUUUUUUUAAUGUUUGAAUCUAUAUUUGAGAUGGGAGUUUGGUUGGAUUAAACAUGACACCCAGGUGGGCGGUGUGUGUGUCUGUUGCACAUGGCAGGGAGGGGAGCCUCCUUCUCAUGGGGUUGCCAUGGUGAUCAUUGGUUUUUCCAUCAAAAUUGCAUCUUCAUCCAUAGAUUACCUUCCCCUUCCCUGACAGUCCAUAACCAAACCUUUAAACAGAACAACCUCUUUAAAAACUUCUCUUGUGUUUAACACUUUCUUCAUGCCAACGAAACAGGGUAAACAUGCUCAAAACGUUAACAGUCUAAACAGAUAUCCAAAUACUAAGAAGAAAAACAAGUUAUAGCACUUUCAAUUUUUUUUUUUUUUUAAAAAAAGGUUUAUAGCUUUUUCUUUUCCCAUGUCACAAUGUCCACUUCCUAAGAAGGGUUUAAAAUACUAUGAAAACUUUCUUUUUGGGGAAAAUAUCUAUUUGGUGUUUGACACAUCAGUAGGUACUUUAAAGACCUGAAUUUUAUAGUAGCUUUAGGAGUUAUAUUUUAUAAAAAUCAGUUAUGACUUUAUAUUUCCAGACAAUAGAGAGUUCAGUACAUCAUGCUCUUGUGCCUCUGCCUGCUUUUCCUGCGUUCCCACCCUGUAUUCCCCCUGCCUUUCGGGUUUCCAGGGCUUCGAGCUUGAUCUUUUGAAAGUUUUAUUCUAUUAAAUUUUUGCUAUAUCUUCUGGUUUUCUGAAAAAGCUUUAGAAUGGUUUCUAUACCCUUUGUAUCACUGCAUUUUUCCAUAUCAUCUCCGGUUCGAUCGCGUCCAGAUGGAAAACGGAAGCAGAGGCUUCUAAUCGUCGCAUUUACUGGCUCCAGUGCAACACAUCCAUCUGAAAACACUCGGAAGUCUGGUGCUUGGAGAGGGUGCCAUUGUCUCUUGUACAUAAGGUCAUGACGUGUCUAUGUCAAAAGUUCUUAUAUAUUUCUUUUAUAAGCUGAAAGAAGGUCUAUUUUUAUGUUUUUAGGUCUAUGAAUGGAACGUUGUAAAUGCUUGUCAAACAAUAAAAAUAAUGAAAAGUG